AUGUACGUUCAAUUUCACCUUGAGACUACGGAAGCAUCGCUGAUACUUGCAGAUUACCCGAACGCAUGGAACAAAAAGAGUCCCAAGAACGGAUUUAUAUGCCUCAAAGUCGACAACAGCACGCCUUCAUUCUCCGCAACGUGGAACUGGCCCAAGGACAUCCAAGACGUACACUCCUUUCCCUACGUGCGCUUCAACAACCCGAAUCUCCCCGUCCGUCUCAGCGAUUUAGAAUCAAUCCGCUUAUCAACAGAUUGGAUCUACACACCGGGCAGUCCGUCAAAAAUACCGGAUGAAUUUAGUAAUGAGGUUUGGGCGAAGAAUAAAGCAGAGUUGGAGGGGGAGGGCGUUCAGGCGAAUGCGGCGUGGGAUUUCUUUCUGGAUGAUGAUAGGAAUAGAACGCUGUAUCCGCAGGUUGCGGCGGUGGAGUUUAUGGUUUGGUUGGGGAGGGUGGGGGAUCCGUGGUGGCUUGGACGGCAGAAUGAUAGUAUCCUGUCGAAUGUUACGCUAGGGGAGACAGAGUUUUCACUAUUCUAUGGCCGAAAUUCAGGAGGAACGCACGUCUUUACAGCUGUGACGAAAGAUAACAGCGACGUAUUGUCCUUUGACGAGGAUUUCUACCCGUUAUUUCAGUACAUCCUCGAACAAGCCCAUAAACAAAUCGACGCAGAUGAUUUACCAAAAGAUCCAUGGCUAGGUAUCAUUGAGUUUGGAACAGAGACGUGGAUGUCAAGGGGAAACGCUACAUUUACAGCUGCGAAUUUUGGGAUGAGUUUGAAAGGGAACUUUACGAGUGAGAGGAAUUCUACGAAGGGAGAUGAUAAUAAGGACAAGGUUGAUAAAGAUAAAGGGGAUGAGAAGGGAGAUGAUAAAGGUAGUGGGGAUAACUCGACGGAUUCUAAGGGUGAUGAGGAGGAUGAUGCGGUGAGGUUGAUGAGUCAAUCGGUGUUGGGGUGUUCCUCCAAGGAUAUCUCUUUAGUAUCUACAGCCUACAGGGGAAUCAAAACCCCCGAAAGCCGCCUCAGGCGUGCCAUCCACGCGCUUCCCUUCCUCCUCAUCUCAGCUGUCAUGUCCCGUGCCUUCGCAAUGGCGAAGCCAAUCGGUCCUAUAAUCGAAGAAUCUGUCAAAACCUCCGUCUUUACAGCACAAGACGUGAACGUGCCUAUCAUCAAGAAAUUUUAUGGCGUACCUGUUCUUGAUGAUGUUUUCGCUGUUGUUACAGUUGCCUUUGCGCAUUUGCAGUUCUUUACGAAUGAGGAAGCGUAUUGGCAGCUUUUGGUGUUCUUGACGGACUUUGUGGGGAUGUAUGCUGUUGUGAUGAUCGAGGGAUAUAGACCGGGGAAUACGUUUCCUGUUAUCAAAUACCCUGUUGUAUUUCUGUUUCUGUCCCAGAUGUUUGGCAUAGGCUUUCUUGCACCAAUCUUCUUCUUCUUGUUCUACAUCUUCACGCCUGCUUACAAACUUACAACACCGAGUCUGUAUCGUCCUGGUGCAGCGCCUUGCCUGGCCCUUUUGCCUACGGUUGUGCUGGGAUAUUAUGUCACGCACUUUCCAUCAUUCUUUCACUCUUCUCUUGAGGCGAGGAAUUGGUGGAAUUGGAUUUGGCAGCUGUUUCCUAUCUGGGGGUCCAUCAUCAUGCUUGUGCUAUCGAAGAUCAUUUCUCAGCCAAAAGAGCAGACACCAAGGAAAUGGAAGCAAGAGCUUAAUGCAAUUCGACUCGCGAUUGGGGUUAUCAGUAUCAUAAGCACGAUAACAUGGUGGUAUACCAUUCUCAACAUGGACUCCAGCGUCUUCGAGGUCUUUAUUCCUCAGCACUUUCUCAAGACGGCGCAAGAGCCAAUCCUCGGACUCCGAACUGUCAUUCAAUUCGAUUACAUCUGCUGUUACUCAGCUGGCUUUCUGUGGUUGGCGUAUCACUUCAAGGACCUUGAGAAUGUUGGGGUCUGCAGUAUUUCAUGGAUCCGAGCUGGCUGCGCUUCUGUUGUGCUGGGAUGUUUACUUGGACCGGGAACUAUGUUUCCUCUUAUUUGGCUUUUGAGAGAGGAGUUAUUGGUCGCGACACAGCCUGAUGUGAAGAAAUCUGAGAAUUAG